UAUUGGAGCCAAAAUCAAUAAUACUAAGUAAUACUCUGGAAAUGGAAAAAUGUUUGAUAAUUUUCUUGUGCUUUCUGCUGGGAAAGUCUGCAUUUGGUGUCGAACUACCCGCUGAUAUAAAAAAGUGCCACUAUGGGGAAGAAGCAUGCAUUGUGGAUAGCAUUAACCAUGUCAUUAAAAGUUAUACCAAGGGUAUACCUGAAAUAGGGCUGCCUCCGCUUGACGCAAUAAAACUGAAGGAUCUGGCCAUUUUAAACUCAACAUAUCGGGGACCAGUUUGGUUCAAUUUUUAUAUGAGAGAUUUUGUGAAUAGGGGCUUUGAAAAUUCCACUGUUACCCAUGUGAAGGGUUUUGAUCGCGAUCCCACAAAAAGAAAAAUUGAAAUCAAAGCACACAUACCACGUCUAGUACAUGAGGCUACCUAUGAAUUUGUUGGCCGCUGGCUGCUAUUUCAGGCGAAUACAACUGGAGAUCUGGAAUCGGACUUCCAAAACUUUUCCAUAGCUCUGACAUUAAAGGUCAUCUUGGAAUAUCGCAACAAUAGGCGUUAUCUUAAAAUCUACGAGCUUGUGCCGCUCGUCGAGCUGGAUCGCUGGAUCAUACGGCUAGAUAAUUUAUAUAAUGAAAAUACAGAUCUUACUGUUGCUUUGACUCGCGUCUUCAAUGAGAACUGGGUGGAGUUUUGGAAUGGCCUUGAACCGGGCAUUUUAGAUGGACUCUCAGCAUGCUUCACCGCCAUCCUAAAUGAGGUCUUUCAAAAUGUUGCCUACGAUGAUAUGUUCCUGCCAGAUCAUAAUUAUGAAGAAUAGGGCAAGCUUAUUGUUUGAGACGAGCUGGUAACAAUACUUAAUUAACGUGUUUUUGUUAUUUAAAUUAAAUGAUUAAUUUUAUAAAAUUAAUGUAAAAUCUUAUUUGAAACAACAAUAUCCCUCUAAGCUUCCGGUACAAGCGAUCUUUAAAGCAUCAUAUAUGUUCUGAAUAAUAGAAUAAUAAUACGAGUUAAA